CCAGACCAUCCUUAAUAUCAAAUUGUCUCAUGUUCAACUUCGUCUAGACAAAGGAAUACCAAGACAAGUAUGUACGAACCAGACAGCCUUCAACUUAAAUGGUGAAAUCUGAAGUUUUAGAGUUCGGUUUUGGAGAUAUAGUUCGUCGACUGAAUACGGCAUGAGCUUCAAACACAUUCAUUAUUUAUGGUGUGGAAACGAUUCAUUGCCACUGUGAUUUACUGAUAUUGCCUGUGGCUGCUGAAAGUUCACUCCGUCUAGACCAAACGAAAGGUACGGACAAGCAUUGAUGAGUUUCCACGAAGUGAUGAGUGACGGCAUCAGUCAGGACCAAGGAAGGGGAUCUUCCCUCGUAUAAGGAACGUUGCUGUAACACCCAGUGAGCCCACUGCUGGUGUUUCUUGUUGGUUCAACCAUAGAGAAACUGUGGUUCAACCAUGGAAGGUCCAGAGAUAAGCGGUUUCGUAAAAAUGGGAGACAGAACCUCGUGAGAGUGAUCCAAGCUGAGUUGUUUCUCUUCAACUGCUCAACAUAACUGCCCUUCAUUGAUUACAUUGCAACAGUGAGUGAGCUAAAAUUAAAAUUGAACCUGGCGGAGAAAGGAUAAGGACGAGGUAAACUCUGUGUAGACUUCUCUUGUGGUACCUCGUCAUGUCUGUUGCCACCUUCAUGAUGCCGAACGAUCGUCAAAUUCUCCCGGCAAUUAGUCAGCAUCGCUCGAUCUCGCUGCGAGACAACUCGACCUCCGGCCGAGGUCACUCAACAAACCGCAAAGGAGGUGGAAACUCAAUCGCAGCAGCGGUCCAGAGACCGUCUGGUGGCGAGAGUGUCCUUUCAGUUCCGAGGACUGAAAGCAGUGGACAGUCCAGCACUAUAAGUGAUAGUAGUGUCCCCGAAUCACCGCAGACUCGGUCGAGACGAAGCUCAUCGCAAUUUUCUUCGAUCACACGAACGGAUACCGGGCUCCAGCCACGGCACAGUCUAGCCUUGCUGCCCCGUCUCAUAGAUGACCAGAGCUUCAUGCGAGCCGCUCGAAACACCUCCAGCGAACACUCUGCUCUGUCGUCUCGGUCCCUUGAGAUAUUACCGAGUCGAGACUUCAUCUCGGAUGAGCUUCGGAUGCGGACGGUGUCCCUGCCCAUCUUGGGACAUCGUCAUAAACACAGACCUCGGAUACUACACGAUACAGACGAGGAGGAGGGGGAAUACCUCACCGAUAGUUACUCAAGUGAUACGGAUGACCCAAGUGGUGAUGAAUCAAACAUUGUUGAGAUUGGUCCCUACCCGAACGUUGGUGUCGACUCUUAUCUCGAUAGUCAUUUACUCCCUGAGUUUCUCCCUGCGUACCUGAAACCAUGGACUCCUGGAAUUCGCAAAAGCAAACCGAAGAGGAAUCGCAAUAAUGCUGAAGCGGAAAAGAAGAGGAAAGAGAUGGAGGCAAUCCAGGCUAAGACACGCAAGAGGAACUCGCAGUCAAAGUCGAACCCGCGGAGACGCUCCGUGCGGAGCAACGCCUUCACCCGGAAGCGGGAGCAAGAGGUUGCGAAGCGCCACCCGGUCCGGAAGCAAUUCGUGUACUCCGAGCUAGUCCAAGACGAGUUCCAGAAACACAUACCCCAACGGCUACCGGGAGGCAAACUCAAACCGAUAUACAACCGUCGAACAACAGAGGGUGAGAUCUACGUCCCGGAAAACUUAGACAUCUCCUUCGAGAGACUGACGGUAAAACCUGGAGAUGAGAGGCUCAACUCUUGGGACACACCCGCAGCAAUCAACAGACGCCGAAAGGAGGAAUUCCAGGCGUUACUGGAAAAGAGGAAGAAACUCCAGCGUCAGAUGGUCAGCAAGAAGAAACGAAAAGUUCGUUUUGUCCUCCCGGAAGAGAAGGGAGAGAUCGAGGUCGGAAAGGUCAGCAUAGAGGGCGCUGUGCGAACUGGGAGUGAAAGCAUCUCACAGCAGAGUAUUGAUGGCUCCGAGCUCGAAGAGGGAGACACCACGACGGAACACGGCGAGCCGACUGAAGGAGAGCAAGGUGUUGCAGCGUCUGCUUCUGAACACCCAAGUAACCUGAAUCUAAAUGAAGUGGUAGACAGUGAGAUUCUAUACGACGGGAACGAGGAAAGGAUACAGCGAACUAAUAGCUGGGUUACCGCACAAUCGGCUGACCUAUCCCCUGAAACAGAAUCUGGAACUGAAACUGCUGCGAACCUCAACUCGUUACAAACCCAAGGCGACAUCGAAAGUGCAAACUCAUCCUCAAAUGCCCCCAAAGAUAUCUCCAAUGAAACUAGUCCUGACAACUCCACCUCAAAAACUGUACGUGUUGACGAAAGACCGCUACUAAGACCUCAUGAAAUGAUAGAAGGCACGAACAGUACCGCUGGGGACAUUGUGGGUCCCCCUGGCGGUAGCGUGAGUCAGGCGGACACCCUGCCUGGGAGUCAAUCAAAUCCCGAGUCGUACUCCUUGCUCCACACGGUCGAGCUGCCACCCAGGGAGUCGGUAGAGACCACUCGAGAAAUCAAAAUCCUAUUUGAGCGAAUUCCGAGCAUUAUCAUCUCAGAUACAUGACGAGUUUGUUUUGUUUAUAGUGAGUUUAUAUUGACAAAAAGACAUUCGACACUGUUGGUAAUAAUAAUUUGUCAACGACCAGUCUUCUCACUAGGUGUAUCUCAACAUCUGCAU